ACGCACAUGGCGUUUUGUAAAAUUUUGAAAGAAAAUAAGGGUGUCAGCGUUGGCCAGUCCAAGGAAGAAGAAGAAGAAGAAAAAGAAUCUAUAUAUUUUAUCAUUUGAAUAAUAAUAAAAAAAAGGUAAAAAAUUUUUCCUGAAAUUUCUCGAAAUGGAGGUUAGCGUGGGUGAUGUAGUGAUGCCAGGUGACAGUUUGAAAGAUAUCAAAUCGACCAAAAAGGAAGGAAAGAAUGAAAGGGAGAACGUGAUCCUGGGACCCGGACUGCGCCGCGAAGGCGACAAAGUAUACGUUUGUAAAGCGGGUAUUCUGAAAAGACGUGACCCGGCUGUGUAUUAUGUGGACAGCUAUCAAAAACGAUACAUUCCCAGUCGAGGUGAAAAUGUGGUCGGUAUAGUGACGCAGAAAAGUGGCGAUAUUUACAAGGUAGACGUUGGUGCCAGCGAACAAGCGACGCUCUCUUACUUGGCCUUCGAGGGCGCGACGAAAAAGAACCGGCCUGAUCUGCAGGUCGGCGAUGUGAUAUACGCCAAGAUGCUGGUUGCCAGCAAAGAUAUGGAGCCUGAAUUGGUAUGUGUGGAUUCUCAGGGCAAGGAAAACGAACUCGGUGUACUCAGCUCGGACGGCAUGGUGUUCACUUGUUCGCUGAGCCUCGUGAGGAAAUUACUCAAUCCCGAGUGUCCGUUGUUCAGGAUACUCGGUAGGAAUCAAGCAUAUGAACUCGCUGCUGGAAUGAAUGGCAGGAUAUGGAUCAAAGCGCGGUCGGUCCAAGAGACAAUAGCCGCGGCGAAUGCUAUUUUGGCCGCCGAGUACACGGUGGCUAGUGAAAUGCAAAAACUUUGUGCUAGAAUCGAGAAAACGUUGCUUCUGGUAACAUAAUUUCAGCUCAAUAGGAAUAGACUCUUGAUUAUGAGGUAAAAAGUGAUUAUCUAUAAGAGUGAAGUAAUAUAUUAGACCCGAUGAGAUCAUUAUUUUUAUAUAAGAAUAAGAAAUAUAAAAAAAGUAAUAAGAUUAAAAUAAGAUUUACACCUUAUAUACAAUUUUUCAAUUUUAAAAUGUAUAAAUAAACUUUAAAGCCAACUCUGUUUAACAUGCACAGAAUAAUGAUCACUCACUAUUAUCAAUGAUGAUUACAUUUAUUGUAUCAAUAUCUGUAAUGAAUUUUGUAAAUAAAUCUGGAAGUUUCCUUAUAAUCGAUAUUUUAUA